CGGAUGUGUACUACCACCACACUGUUACCAACGUGUUGCAUCACAUUGCUGUUUGACGUUGACAAAAGACAGCAAAUGGGAAUGCUCGAUUUCAAUACGUCGAGAAUCUCCAGCUGCAUGAUGGCGACAAUGCCAAAAACAGGGCAGCAAAUCCCACGAUGAGAAGGACCAGCGCCUUUAUCCUUGAAGAAAAAGCCAACACCAGCCAAAUACCACAUUAUUUUCUCGUUUGAUCCGAAUAGUACUAAACCAUGAGAAUCGUUUCUCUCGUUGCACUGCUGCAGCUCUCUGCCGUAGCUGUGAAUGGCUUUACAUCCUCUCCCGCCGCUUCUUCUGCCUUGUUCGGAAGCAGAAGAAAAGCGGCAUCUCCCUUGACUUCCUCCAGUACACUGGCUAUAUCUACCACCGCAGGAGAUGAGUCGGAUAUUAUCUCCAAAGCCGAACAAAAGAAGCUGGCAAGAAAAGAGCUCGUCAAGCAAGAGGGUGGAAGAUUUGCGUUCGACACCAAGUACGGAGCCCUGAAUCCAUUUGCCAUCUACUAUGGUCUAGUUUCCAUCUCUCUGGGGAUCCCAUGGUUCUUUGCCCUAAUGUUUUGCAAGUUCCUGUACUUUGUUACGCGAGGCAAAAUUGACAAACAGAGGAGACUGCCUGUUUUUCUCUCUCAUGUGUGGGGUACAACACUCAUGAGACUGACGGGGUGCUACCCAAAAAUGAUUAACCGAGAAAUCUUGAAGGAUUACUUCAAAAAGGAAGACUGCUGCAUGUUUGUGGCGAAUCACUGUUCCUGGGAUGAUAUUCCCUUUUUGGGUGCUGCUGUGGGAUGGCGAAACUACAAAAUCGUCGCCAAGAAGGAACUGGAAAAGGUCCCCAUCUUGGGGUCCGCCAUUCGUGUGGCAGGCAACAUUGAAGUCGAUCGAACCAAUCGUCGAUCGCAAUUGGCCACACUCAAAAAGGGCAUUAAAUACCUCAAGGAAGGCGUCAACCUGUGUACGUUUGCCGAAGGAACUCGAUCGCGAACCGGUCGUCUCAUGAAAUUCAAGGAUGGUGCCUUCAAAAUGGCACACAAGGCUGGUGUCCCCGUCAUUCCCAUGGCCAUUGUCGGAGCUCAAAAGGCGCAUCCCGUGCAUUGGAUGUUCCCCUACAAACCUACCGGAAAGAGCACGUCGGUCGUCGUCGGUGAACCCGUAGAAUCCAAAGACAUUACUGAAGCCGAGCUCUCGGCCAAGGUCAGGGAAGCGCUCAUCGAGAACCUCCCUGAUGACCAAAAACCACUCCCGAAAUAGAGUUUGUUUCGUGAGGAUUUCAGCCAUCCGAAUGAAUAGAAACAACAAUUAAUGCACGGCAAGACAAUCUGUGAAGGAAGUUCAUCUCGCGAUGAAACUAACUAGCCGGAAAUAAAAGUAUCUGGACACUUAUGAAUUGGCCAACACUACGAGCAGCUGACUGCAAGAAACAAGAGAAAGAUACAAUUUGGCUGGAGCUUGGCGGAUUGAUAGAAUGCACGACGAGAGACACAAACAAACCUAAAUCAAUCCUCAUCUAUGUAC